UUAGUCCAUUUCAUUCAAUCAAUUUUAUGAUCAUUUCGAUCAUUCAUAAAUUUUCACUCACCUUCACACAGACUGAUUAUAAAAAAAUGUACAGAAAGUUCAAAAUACCCGAGAUUGUUUAUUGAGAUAAUAUAGUAACACGUGAAGUUUUCUAACAGAGUGAUAAACAGUGUUUUAGCAUUUUAUUUUUAACUGGUGUGGAAGGUUGCAGAAAUAUGGCGAACACAAAGUUUAUUAUGCCACUAGCUCUCGGUCUGUCCUUGGUGACAGUGAGUGCUUUCGUAGUGUAUUACAUCUUCAAAAAAGAUGAAGACGAAGAAGUAAAAGUGCUGACUUCCAGAAUGAAUGUCAUUGAGGUGCCAGUUCCUAAGAAGUUACUACCUGCAUUGAUUGGUCGCGGAGGCAGUAAUAUUAAGGAGAUAGAGAAGAGCACAGGCGCUAAACUGAACGUCAAAGAGUUUACCGAUAAGGAGCACGGCGUGUGCGUCAUACGAGGCCGGAGUGAGGCCACGCAGCUGGCUGAGACCCUCGUGCAUGACUUCAUAAACCAGCAGCCGGUUAAUAUUGAAGAUAACAUGACGGUGCCCAGCUGGGCUUGCGGCAGGAUCAUUGGAACUCAAGGUGAAAACAUAAACUCUAUAAGUCACCGAAGCGGCGCCCGCAUCAAAAUACUUCCCAGCGCUGAGAAGGCGAAUGAACGAAAAGUCCAGUUCCUGGGCACCAAGGAACAGAUCAAACUUGCCAAGGAUCUCAUCGAAAACGCCGUGGCCCAAGAGAAAUGUCGUCGCGAAAUCGAUCAAACGAAACGCAGUCCUCGCCACGCGAACUCGAAGUCGCCCUCGCCGACUCCCUCGGUGACCGCCAGCGAUGCCUCGGAAGACGUGUCAGGUGACUCCCAAGUGCACAGGCAUGCCAAAUAUAAGAGGCCUGAGAACAGGGGUUCUCCGAUAGAGGUGUAUGUAUCGGCGGUGUCCUCGCCGUCUCGCUUCUGGGUCCAGUUCGUGGGCCCGCAGGUCACGCAGCUCGAUUUGCUCGUCGAGGAGAUGACCGACUACUACGGCAAGAAGGAGAACAGAGAGGCUCAUGCGUUAUCCCACGUGUCGGUGGGGCAGGUGGUGGCGGCGGUGUUCCGCCACGACGGGCGCUGGUACCGCGCGCGCGUGCACGACGUCAGGCCCAACGAGUUCGACGCCUCGCAACAGGUAGCCGAUGUGUUCUUCCUGGACUACGGCGACAGCGAGUACGUGGCGACGCAUGAGUUGUGCGAGCUGCGCGCGGACUUACUGCGGCUUAGGUUCCAGGCCAUGGAGUGUUUCCUGGCGGGCGUGAGGCCGGCGGCGGAGCGCGGCCCGCCCGAGCGCUGGCACCCGCAGGCUAUCGAGAGAUUUGAGGAACUCACACAGGUCGCUAGAUGGAAGCCACUGAUGUCUAAAACGUGCACAUACAAGAAGACUGCGACUGCCGAGGGUGAGAAAGAGAAGGAGAUACCCGGCAUCAAGCUGUUCGAUAAUACUGAAGAAGGCGAGGUGGACAUAGGCGGCGUGUUGGUGUCGGAGGGCUGGGCCACGCCCGCGCCCGGCGAACACUCGCCCGCCAGCCACAGGCCCACCUUCGGGGACCUCGGACUGUCCAGGGUGUUGGGAAUGACGGGCUCCGCGCGUUGCUCGUCAUUGCCUAAGGACCACAAGGACGACCAUCCGAUCAUCAAAACGGAAGUAGCUGAUGCAGAAAACGACCGAAUGACGACAUCGAAAUCCCUCGCUUCAGGUCUAGAGAAAGCCGACAAACUCCCCCUAUCUAUAUCAAACUUCGAUCUAUCCUAUCCGGACAACUCACUAAACAAGGGCCAUCUAAACGGCUCCCACGAAAACUUCCUACAUAUGGAGAAAUUGAGCAUCGGUAAAGAAGGCGCUCUCGACAAGAGCUCGGUCGAUACAUUGGUGCCAACGCCAACAACACCAGCCACGCCAGCUACACCAACCACGCCCGUGCUACUGGUCACACCGUUAGAUGAACUAAAGGCUAAUAUGAAUAGGAUAGACUCCCAUCAUAGCAUGGAUCUACUGGCGAAGCAUCAUGAAACUAAGUAGGAUUAAGUAUUUAAUUGUUUGUAAUGACAUAGACUUGGAUUUUACCAAAACACCUGACGUACAAAAAGUUAUCCUCAUCAUUGUCAUCAUCAGCCCAUAUUCGGCCACUGCUGGACAUAGGCCUUCUCAAUUGCACGCCAUCGAGAUCUAUCUUCGGCUGCUACAAAAAGUUAUAUUUUCCAUAAUUUAAAUUGACGUACAUUGAUUGUAGCUACAUUAUAAUAGCUAAUACAACUUAGAUAUAAUAUUCCUGUAUAAAAAUUUCAAGGAUUUUACUAAACUAAAAAUCCCACUCUUCGUGAUUACAAAUAAUAUUAAUUAGUCAAAUAAGCUGUGCUACAAACUUAUCUUUAUCGACAGUGGAUCAUCCACAUAACUGUCAUGAUUGACAGCUGUCAGUUUGACAUUAUCAAUGUCAUGUCACAUGUGAACUCCUGAUUUUAAAUGUUUGUCCACAUGAUUGAGUAAGUUUGAAUUAAAAUAAUUACUGUAUUAAAGUGAAUGCUGAAUGUGAAUGUUUUAGCUAUAAUCCGAAGCGUGUAUAAUCUUGGAAUAGUAUUAUUACAAUUGUGGAAAAGAGAUAGCGCUCUAUAAAGUGUACACGCUCUCUCAUUUCCACACCUGAUAUAAUAUCAUUUUAAGACGUAUCGGUAGGUGUUUUAUGAUAUUUUUCAUUAUUUAUACACAAGGUACGUAUCUUUCGCGAAGAUAUUGAAUGCACUUGUUAAAACUAAAUCCACCUUAUGUAUUUGAAAAGCGUUUUCAAACUAACCCUAGUCUGAACUAAUAAAGCUUUAAUUUUAGUACAAAGGAGUUUUGGAAAGAUUUUGUGUAGCUCUUCUACUUUUCUCUAUUGCUACUGUAGAAAAAAAAGUAGAUACACUAUGCGUUUUCUUUGAGUUGAAUUCUACGGCCAUAGCACUUUUAAAGUAAGACUUGUAGUUGUAUAAGCGAGACAGCGCCUUACAGGAUGUAGAGCGUCGUCUCUGUCUCACAACUGCAACUGUCUUACUGAAAGAUAUGGCUGUAGGCUGAUUAUAAACUUAUUUUGUAUGCGUGUUGUCUAUUUAGUUAUUUACUUAAGUUUCUGAUUUGAAAGGGCGUGAGAAUGUAAAACUCAGUAUUCCAAAUCUUGAAACUUUCAUUGUAAAUUACAUUUUGCACAUAUUUACGUCUGUCAAACCCAGUGUAUAACAUUAUUAUUAUUAAUAACUCAUUUGAAAUUGUCUUCUGAAACGCAUCAGGGUAACUCAAGUGCGUACGUAGAAUGUAUUUAGUUUUUAAGAAUAAACUGUAUUUAAAAACAUUGUCUAUGGUGACUAUAGAAACGUCAUGUUUUAAAAAGGUCCUUUAAUAACUUUAGUCCUUUUUUGUGAGUCGAAAAGUAAGUGUACCUAGCUUUGUAAGAAAGCAAACCUUUGCAGUUUGACUGCAAGAACAUAAUAUAUGAUAUUCGUAUGUGUAUUUAAAUAUAUGUAUGAGUGUAAGUAAAGGUCAUAUUAAAACAUGACGGUAAUGACACCAUUGCUUAUCCCGUUGUGGUGGCAAUGUUGUACUUGUGUAUUAUUCAAUGGUCUUUACUCCCAGUUUAAAAAGUUGAUGAAUUAAAAUCCGUUGACUUGUUAUAGACAAUUGACUUUUGUCUCUUUCUGUUGAUCAACUUUUCAAAAACUGGGCAUUAGUUAUUUAAGGUUGAACUUUAUAUCUGUCACAAACAACUGGAAUGUUGUAUUUCAAAUGUACUUAAAAUAUACUUAAAUAUUUUUCAUAAUAUAUUCAGUAUUUUGUAUAAACAAAAUCUUCAGAAAUAAAAACUAACUCUGCUUAAAACUUUGUAACAAAGUAUAAAUCAAUGCAAAUAGUUUAGUAGUAUUCUGUGAUUGUUACUAACAUAAGCUUAUAAAACUAACGGUUCAGUACAAUUAAGUUGCUGUAUUUAAAUUACGCUUCUUUUUAGCUGCUACCUGCAUUUUCAUCAUCUCUCAUUGUUAGUAUAGGAGUCUUCCAAAAUACGUUUUACACUUAACUAUGUAAAACUUGCCUUUUAGUCUUCACAGUGUUACAAUUACAAAAAAAAGCCUUUCAAAAUGACCUUAUCAAAGAGUUUUAUAUUUUGUACAAGACUCGUCUUUUAAAUUUAUUUUUUAACAUAAUAUAUCUGAGCACUAGUAAUUUGAAUAAGUGAUUGAUUAUCCUACACCUACUUAUUGAGUAAACUAAUUGUCUAUGAGCUCAUUGAGUGCUAUUUUGUCUUGUAUUCAGUAAAAUAAGUCAAUUUUGUGAUACGGUAGCAAGGGGAAGUAAGGGUUAAGG